CACGGAUAAAAAAGGAGCGCUUCGAGCCGUUCUGCACAUUCACUCUCGGACCUUCCUCCAGGACCUUUGUCUGUUGUAACCCCGCAGGAUUAUCACACUACAGAAACAAUGGACGCUAUUACUGCGCAGUGUGGGAUUAUUUCCCCCGGAGGACAAGCUGCAGACAGUCACAGUGGGGCUGUGAUGUGGAGACCGUGGGACACACCGUGUGGACAGAACGAGGCACACAAGUUGAACUCCAACCAUGGGGAACUUCACGAUGCAAAGCACUCCAAGAACUUGCCCAUCACACAUCCAGUCAAGUUGUACUGGCCGAAAUCCAAAUGUUUUGACUAUCUGUACCAAGACGCCGAGGUGCUGCUGAGUAACUACCCAGUCCAGGCCACCAUCUGCCUGUAUCAGGAGGGGGGCAGCGGGGACGAGGGGUCCAGCGGGGACGAGGAGUCCAGCGGGGACGAGUGCUCCAGUUGGGGAGAACUCAGUGACGAAGAGGAGGAUUUCGAAAUGGGGAUGAAUUAA